AUAACGUGUUUGUCUCUGCUACGAGUCUACGAGUGACUGCAUAUGCAUGGCUGUUACAGCGCGGCAUCUGCCGUGAUGCACUUAUUUCUCUGCCAUCAUGUCCGGCACUCAGUAUAUUCCUCACAUACUAUACUCAACAGCUUUGACCUCAAUUUCUAUGCACUCGCUGUGGCAGCGAAAAACAGCUGACGAAGACCGAGCAAGGCUCAAGGCUCAAACUUCCAUUCUGCAAGACCUCAUCGAUCAACUUCGUUCGGGCAAGCCAAUAUCUGACGAAGAGAUAAAGAAGUCGCGUAACCUUGCCUGUAUACAUGGAGAGGGAAAACAGUCUCUCGACAAGGACAAACCUAACAUUGGAUGGAUGGAUGUGUUAUGGGGCCGAAAAACGCCUGCAGACCUUGGUGUUAGUGAUGAAUGGGAACGAAAAGACCUGGAGCAAAUACGGAAAGAAAUCGAGGCAGAGCAUUGACUUUUUUGAGUUCCUUACUUGGUGAGUAUCGUCCAAACGAUUUCUACCUGUACACACAAUAUACACCGGACCAAUAAAUAUACAGUGCAUAUGUGCGCCUACACGAACUUCUCCCUUUUAACAUAUGCAACAUAAAAUCUCGU